AUGAGCACAUCGUAUAGUAUGUGGCCUGUUAUUCUCGCUCCUUAUAAUCUUCCUCCUUGGAAAUGCUUUAAGGACCCAUUUAUGAUGAUGUCACUGCUUAUUCCCGGUCCUCAAGCACCAGGAAAGGAUAUUGAUGUUUAUUUGCGUCCUUUGAUUGAUGAGCUGAAACAGUUAUGGAGUGAUGGUGUAGAGACAUUUGAUGCAUCAACUGGGAAGUGCUUCAAGAUGCAUGUUGCUGUUUUAUGGACUAUAAAUGACUUUUCAGCUUAUGGGUGUGUAAGUGUAGAUGAUGGUAAGAUCACUAAACUCAAAAGUCACGACUAUCAUGUUUUGUUACAACGAGUGUUGCCAAUUGCUCUUAGUGGAUUUGUAAAUAAGGAUGUCUCUUUAGCAUUAAUUGAGUUAGGCCAUUUCUUUCAACGAUUAUGUUGUAAGACAUUAAGAAGAGAUGACUUAGAACAACUUGAAAGGGAUAUAAUUAUUAUAUUAUGUAAGCUUGAGAUGACCUUUCCACCUGCUUUUUUUGAUGUUAUGAUACAUUUGGCUAUGCAUUUGCCACGAGAGGCCAUGUAUGGUGGACCUGUACAAUAUCGUUGGAUGUACAAAAUUGAGAGGUUUUUGUGCAAGCUUAAGCGUUAUGUACGAAACAAGGCACGGCCAGAAGGUUCUAUUGCAGAAGGGUAUAUUAUUGAUGAGUGUUUGACAUUUUGCUCUAUGUAUCUUACUGACAUUGAGACAAGAUUUAAUCGUGAAGAUCGGAAUGAUGAUGGAUUUAGCAACAAUGGUGAACUUGUUCUAGACAUAUUUUCAAAGAGAUUUAGGCCAUAUAGAGAUGGAAAAUAUGAUGUUAUACCAAACAAAUAUUCUGAUAUAGCUCGGUGGUAUGUGUUGAAUAAUUGCGAAGAAGCAGAACCUUUUCUUCAGGAGCAUAAAGAAGAGUUGUUGAACCAAGCUGUUGUGAAUAUAGAUGAGAAACACAAAGAACAAUUUCCUUUAUGGUUCAAAAGAAAAAUUAUGCAGUUAUAUACUAAAGAAAAGUCAACAUCUAUCAAGAAAUUAUAUCCUUUGGCAAUGGGACCAGAUGUGCGUGGAAGAACACAUACUGGUUGUAUUGUAAAUGGUGUUAGGUGUCAUAUUCAAUGUCGCGAUGAAUUACGUAAAAGUCAAAAUUGCGGUAUAGUUGUUGCAGGCUAUCAUGAAAAUGAGGUGAUUGACUUUUAUGGUAUUAUAAUUGACAUCCUUGAGUUAGAGCAUGUUGAGGAAAAUCGAGUUCUCUUAUUCAAAUGCAAGUGGUUUGAUCUCCGCAAGAAAAUAGGGAUGCAAAAAGAUAAAAAAUUUACGAGCAUUUGCGUUAAAAGAUUUUGGUAUGAACGUGAUUCUUUUGUACUAGCUACUCAAGCAAAGCAAGUAUUUUACAUUGAUGACCCAAAAUUGGGAGAGAAUUGGCAAAUUGUGCUCAAAUUUCAAGAUAGACACUUAUACGAUGUGCCCGAGAAAGAAACUUUGGAGACUGAAAGUGAUGAGUUACAUAUUACAAAUGAUGAAGUGUAUCAAGACAUGUCAUUGGAAAGUAAUUCAAUUGUCUGUGAUACAGUGGAUAUGUUGAGUCAACUACAUAGAGAUGAUGUUGAUUCAGUUAUCUUGGAUGCAAAUGUAAUUGAAUUAGAGGCUCAAAAAGAACAUGAAGUUCAUUAUAACGAAGAAAAUUCUGACCAAGAGGAUGAAACUAUGAUAGAGUACAUCAGUGAUCAUGAGGAGAAUGGAGGUAAUAAUGGUACUAAUGACAAUGAAGCUGAUACAACAAGUGAUGGUGAUGAUAUUGGCUUGUGA